GUGUGGAGGAUAGCCAAGGUCGAAUACGACAGGACCAGCAACGUGUCGCUGGAGGCCCUGGCGCUCGACAAUUUCAACGACAUCCUCUCCAACGCCUCGGCGCUUCUGUUCGCGGGUCUCACGUGCAUCAAGCAGGAGACCUGGUGGAUGGACCCGGUUGGCGGGAUCCUCAUCAGCUGUUACAUCAUCAGAUCUUGGUGGUGCACGGCCGCGGAGCAGGGCGUCCAGCUCAUCGGGGUGAAGGCAGCAGCAGAGCCUGCCAGCAGUCGGACCACGGGCGGGCGGCUCCUCCUCGCUGGCGCGCGCGGCUGCCGCCUCGAGCGGUGCCGCGCUUGCCCGUCCCGGCCGCUUGCAGGCCGCUGCACGGACGUCGAAGAAGAGGAA